GGGCCGGAGACUGGAGUGAGCCCGGGCUGAUGGCAGAGCUAUGCGGAGGAGAAGCAUCGUGCCUGCGGAUGUAGCAGAAACUUUCCACGGCUUCUCCCGCGGGGAUGCGACCAGGAACCAACACUGGAGGGAAAAAAAGUUAAGCGGCAGCAGUUGUCCACGGAGGGAUUAGCCUAAAAUGUGGAUGAACUGACAUUUCCUCCACUAUCCGGACCGGUUAAUUACUCAACUUGGAAGGACCGAGCAGACUUCGCCGUUUGAAAAUGGCCGUUCGUGGCAACUCGCUGAUGCCUUUCUCGAUCCAGGCCAUCCUGAACAAAAAGGACGACAGCCGACACUUGCCAGAUUUGGACAUGUGCUUCUCCAAGACGACGUGCUGGAAAAUAUUUGGGGAAAUGAACGGCGGGUCUCGGCGAGAUGAUGGAGAGGCUUGUGAGCCGACGGACCAGAAAAGCUACGACUCGGACUCGGGACUCAGCGAUGAUAACGACAGCAAGACUCCGGCCGUGUGCAAAUCGGAGAAAGACGGAGACCCUGCGUCGGAUGUGCCGGAGGAAAGUUUGCAGGAGGAGACGGACCACGAGUCGGCUGCUGCGGAAAACGCAAAGAGUGACACUGAGCCCAGUAAUGCUGCGGACUCCAGCACCCUGGACGAGAAGAGCCUGGACCAACCCAAGCAGCGGAAAAAGCGCUCGAGGGCCGCCUUCUCUCACGCGCAGGUCUUCGAGCUGGAGCGCCGCUUCAACCACCAGCGCUACCUGUCCGGGCCGGAGCGGGCGGACCUGGCGGCCUCCCUGAAGCUCACAGAGACUCAGGUCAAGAUCUGGUUCCAGAACCGCAGGUACAAGACGAAACGCCGCCAGAUGGCCGCCGACCUAAUGGCGUCGACUCCGGCGGCUAAGAAGGUGGCGGUGAAGGUUUUGGUGCGGGACGACCAGAGACAGUACAGCCCGGGAGAGAUCCUGCGGCCCCCGCUGCUUUCCCUGCAGCCGUCCUACUAUUACCCCUACGCCUACUGCCUUCCCGCAUGGACACUCUCUGCAUGUGCGGGGAAUCAGUGAGAACUGGUGACUGUAUUUAUUCAUUUUUGUGUUAUUAUUUCGCUCCCAGGAAAUCAACCUAAAUGUAUUUUUUUUUCCUGACAAGAGGAGGAGACCUGAGGGGACUAUUAAAUCUGCUCAGCGUCUCUGAUUGAGCUGCCUCAUCGUGGUGACCAGACCAGACCAGACCAGGGGUUCCCCAAACUUUUCUCAUAUCCUCAAAUAGACUACUUUAAAACGACUGCUUCUGUCGCGUAGUGAGAGGAACCCCGUUGAAGAAGAUACUUCUCAUGAUUCAAGCUGUAAAAUCUUAACUGUCUGAACUGUAGUUGAGCGGGGAGACUGGACCUCCUUAUAAAAUGUCAGUACGUUAACCUCUGAGGAGUAGGACAGUAGUAACAUUAAAGUAUUCCUCGCUUUACUCGGGAGCUCCUCAAGGACCUCUGAAGCCCCCCGGACCCACUUUGGGACCCGGCGGCCUAAACAGACUGAAAAUGUCACCUUAUGUUGGUUUUUUAAUUUACAUGCGCCUUCCUACCUCUGCAGUGAUUGGAAAUAGGCAUAUUCCAUUGACUUUUCAUAUAACUGUCUCUGUUGCAGGUUGUGUUUUUUUUUUCUUGCUGUGUUUGUAAAGGUAAGAUAUUUCAGCACUUUUGAGCAUAUACGUUACAUUAUUUCAAUGUACAAAUGCAGUAUAGUGUGGACAUGUGCAGUGUCAGACUGAAAAGCGGCGGGUUUGGCCUGGAAGUUAUCGUGUGGCAGCAAACAGGCUAAAAGAGACCGACUUCUAUUUGAAAUGUACAUGUGAUUUAUGUUAAAUGUUUAGAUGGAGGAACAUUAAAACAUAUCAGGCAA